CUUGAAGAAGAUUAUCAAAUGAAAGUGUAUCACACCAUGCGCAGAAAAAUCUGCGCAAAAGUAUAGUCAGAUUUUUAUAAGGUGUGUUUUGUUUGUUUGUAUUUCGGUCGAGCAACAAGUUGAAAAAUCUAUCAAAUGACCAUUUAUUUUCAUUAGUCAGUUUGUCAUUUGAUAAUCUUUUUUUUUUGCUUUUGGCAGCAGUGUGUGUGAAUUAGAUUUUGUGAUUUCGUUUGAUUUUUUUUUGCUGAAAAUAAAAUUUUAAUUUUCGAUAAUUAUGGAAAAAUCACCAACUGAUAAUUACGUGGAUAUUGAAUUAUUUCAACGUGAUAUAAAAGAUAUUGAUCAAGAAUUUAUUCAAAGUAUUGAAUCGAUUUAUAAAAUAUCCACAUUCGCUAAUGAAGUUGGUUUUCUAUUUAUGACCAACGAUGCUAACUAUGUUUACGGUAAUAAAAUAUGCAAAUGGCUAUCGUUACAACAUGAUCCUAAACGACCACAACAGAUUCACAUUUUGAAUGAUAAGAAAAUUAUUCAAGUCGAUUCGGGCAAUGAUUUUGUUGUCAUUCUAACUGUUGAAGGACUAGUGUAUCUAGCCAAGAGAAAGCAAACGAACAAAAAUUUGCGAUUGAUCUCCACCGGUAAUGAUCGUUUUGAAAUGAUAGCAUGUGGACAGAAUCAUUUGUUGUUGUUACGACAAGAUGGUACUGUUUUCGCUUUGGGAUAUAAUCAAUAUGGUCAAUUGACCGGUAAUUCAGAGUCAUCGUAUGAUACUCUCGUGAAUACUGGUUUGAAAAAUGUCAAAAUAAUAGCUGGUGGAGGAGGCCAUAGUCUUGCUCUCACCAAUAAUAAUCAAAUUUAUUCCUGGGGCUGGAAUUAUUAUGGACAGUUAGGUCUAUGGGAUAGGAAUGAUCGAAAAACACCUUCACUGGUUUCAUUUCCUGAUGGUUCGAUAGAUAGUUCAAUCAAAAAUAUUGUGGCCGGCAUAUUUCAUUCAUUAUUUUUAUUGGAGGAUGGUCAGAUUUUCGGAUGGGGUUAUGGUCAGCAAAAUGCAAAGGUGCAAAUUGAAAAUGUGCAAAGUGUGGUUUGUAAGAAUGAUCUCAAUUUUUCAUUGGCUUUGGAUCAGUCAUCACAUUAUUAUGUAUUGGGUAUGAUGAAUAAUGGAGUAUCGUUACCACCCAAAAAAUUGGAUGGUCAACCGAAAUCAUUUGCCGAAGCAUCAGCAUUAAUAAACGAAUCACCAAUGACUUUUGGCCUGACAUCAACUGUGAAUGUGUCGCAAUCAAAUAAUCCGAAAUCAUUUAUUGAAAUAUCCGAAUUAUUCAAUAAUCCAAUAUCAUUGAUUGGAUUAUUGAAUAAUCCGGAUAAUUAUGAUGUCGAGUUUGUUAUCGGCAAUAAACAUAUAUUGGCUUCAAAGUGUCACCUGAAAAUGUCAUCCCAUUAUUAUAGUCGGAUGUUUUCAGGUGAUUGGAAGGAAAAUAGCAAAGUGGUCAUCAAAGAUUAUCAUUAUGAUGUCUAUUACGCAUAUCUACGGAUGUUACAUACUGGCCAAAUCCGAAUCAAUCAAUCCAAUAUAGGCCAACUUAUCGAUUUGGCCAAUUGUUAUGGUGAUGAACAAUUAAUGAAACAUUGUCGAACAUUCAUACGAAACAAUCUGAAUGAACGAACAUUAUCUACUUAUCUUCCCUUGAUUGAUAAAUAUCAACUUGAUGAAAUGAACGAUAAACUUGUUCAGCUAACUAUCGAAAAUGUUUUACCAAAAAACAAGAAAAAUAUUGCAAAAUUUUUGCUAUUGUUUUCUGAACAAAAAUCUCUUUAAAUGAAAAGAAUAGUAAUUUGUAUUCGAUUAAUAAAGAAAAAAAAUUUUUUAAAUU